AUGACUGACUACGACGAGGUUCUCAGGGGCAAGUACCCGGCCAAGGCGCACGCGCAGCGGGUCGCCGACUACAUUCGGGCCAAGGUGCCAGCGGCGAGGGCGAAGCACGGGGUGAUCUACCUAGAGAGCAAGGCGACACGGCUGCUGGAGGACAACGACGAGCCGGAGCCAUUCCGGCAGCGGCGGCCGUUCUUUUACCUGACGGGCAGCACGCUGGCAGACGCGGCAGUGGCGUACGACAUGGCCAGCGGGAAAUCGACACUCUUCAUCCCGCCUGUGGACGCAGACACCGUCAUCUGGUCAGGGCUGCCGGUGACGGCCGAGGAGGCCAAGGCGCGCUGGGACGUGGACGCGGUGCGAUAUGUGGAGGAGGUAAACGGGUUCCUGGCCGGACUAGCCCAGCGGCCGGGUUCGGUGGUGUUUGCGAUGGCCGGCCAGGUGGCCGACGGGACGACCUUUGUGGGCUUUGACGAGGCCGACAUGGAGCUUCUGCGUGAGGCGGUCGAGGAGGAGCGAGUGGUCAAGGACGAGUACGAGCUGGCGCUGCUGGCCCGGGCCAACGCGGUGUCGAGCGACGCCCAUCGCGCGGUGCUGCAGCGGGCACGCGGCGCCGCCAACGAGCGCGAGCUCGAGGCCGUCUUCCUCGCGCAUUGCGUCGCCCACGGCGCGCGCGAGCAGUCGUACAGCAGCAUCGUGGCCAGUGGUCGGGCCGCCGCUACGCUGCACUACGUGCGCAACGACCAGCCGCUUGCCGGCAAGCUCAACCUGCUGCUGGAUGCCGGCGCCGAGUGGGACUGCUAUGCGGCCGACAUCACUCGCACCUUUCCCCUUGGCGGCCGCUUCUCGCCCGAGUCUCGGGCCAUCUACGACAUCGUCCUGCGCAUGCAGCUCGAGUGCAUCGACCUCCUGCGCGAGGGUGUACUCUGGGACGACGUCCACCUGCACGCCCACGCCGUCGCCAUCGACGGCCUCCUCGACCUCGGCAUUCUGCGCGGCGACAAGGCCGACAUCCUGCGCGACCGCACCAGCGUCGCCUUCUUCCCCCAUGGCCUCGGCCACUAUCUCGGCAUGGACACCCACGACGUCGGCGGUCACCCCAACUACGCCGACAAGGACCCCAUGUUCCGCUACCUGCGCGUCCGCGGCACCCUCCCGGCCGGCAGCGUCGUCACCGUGGAGCCGGGCAUCUAUUUUUGCGAGUUUAUCAUUCGCCCCUAUCUCAAGGACCCUGUCCACGCCAAGUACAUCGACACGGACGUGCUUGACAAGUACUGGGACGUCGGUGGUGUCCGAAUCGAAGACAAUAUCGUCAUUACCAAGACAGGAUGCACAAAUCUUACACCCGCCAUCAAGGAUCCAGAAGAGCUCGAGAAGAUCGUCAGCGGGUCGGCAUGA